AUGCACGCUUCUCUCUGUCUCCGAGUUCAAUGUCCGCAGUACAGCUUUGUGCCAUUCGCCUGGAUCAGUCCUAUACGCGCAGUGUAUCGAUACGAAGACAGCAUCACAAUAACCUGCAUCACCAACUUUGAACUUGCUCCGAGUGAGGCCAGCGCCCUCGUUCACUGCCAGGGAAACGGGACGUGGUCUCGCAACGUGACCGAGUGCAGGCAGAUCGAGUGCGAGGAGAUUCCGCACGUGCCACAUUCCACUCGCCAGGGCAACAGCAAGCUGUUCAAUAGCGUGCUGAUCUACACCUGCUUGCCGGGGUACCGCAUGACGUCCGGAUCGCCCGUGAUCUUGUGCCAGGCAAACAAGACCUGGAGCAGCGCUCUGCCGAACUGCACCCGCAUCACGUGCACUCCGAAAGCUCUACCGCCACAGGCACUCCGCGUACCGUCUCUGAGCACCUACGACUUUCAGAGCAACGUGACCUACUCCUGUCAACCCGGUUACGAGCUGAGACUGCCGGUCAACCAGUCGUUGUGUGAGGAAGACGGCAGCUUGCGAGAUGAACAUCCCGGAUGCAAAGGUGUACAGUGUCCAUUCGUGCUGGCACCGAAUGCUCUAUCAACAGCCGUGAGUGCUUCCUACCCAGACUCGCUCACCAUUCAGUGUAGACUAGGCUACCAAAUACACUCCGCACUGAACUCGAUAAGCGUGGCGUGCCUCCAGAACGGAUCCUACUCGCUCAGCUCCAUCCCGCAGUGCGCACCGAUUGGCUGCAGCCCGUUGCCCGUGGCGAUCAACGCCACCGUAGCCGGGAGCUCUACGUCGUACGGUUCGGCCGUGUCUCUGACGUGCGACCUGGGCUUCGUUGGACCGCAGAGCAGUCUCCGGCGUACAUACUACUGCACACACGCCAUCGUGAACGGUAGUGUGGUGUAUGGCUGGAGAGCCGGAGCUGAUGAGUUUACUCCUGACUACUGUCAACCAGUGGAGUGUCAGCAACCUGUUGGUAUCCAACAUUUUCAAUUUGAGGCCGCCACUGCAUUCCCAAUCCUACUCGGGGAAGAAGUGAACAGUAGUUGUAACCUUGGCUAUGAGCUAACCAGUGGUGAUCUGGUUCGUCGUUGUGUAGUUGAUGUUAGUAAUAAUGGUGUUGGUAUGUUGACUGGCAGUGUUCCUCCCGGAACUGUGAUCAUCCUGGACACAGUGACUACAUCAGCCGACAUGGAGAUGAACAUUUCUACAAUAGAUCUUUUGAUAGAAUGUCCAGUGUUGCUGAGUCCUGUGAAUGGCAGUGCUGAACUGAACGGAGGAAAUUUCAGCUUUGGAGCCGUCACCACGUUUAGCUGUGACAAGGGAUUCACCCUGAGCGGAUCAUUGGUUCGUGUUUGUGGUGACCUUGGACAGUGGAAUGGAUCUGACACUGUUUGUACAAUUGUACAAUGUCCUGUACCAUCACUCCCCCAGCACACACUGAGAACACCCAAUCUAACAGCCAUGUCUCUACUGGACUACUCCAGCAGUGUUGUGUACAGCUGUGUGACUGGCUAUACACUAGUGGGUACUCACACACAGCAGUGUCUAGAGACGGGAGAAUGGACAUCCGCCACAGCAACGCCAUAUUGUACAAUUGUCACUUGUCCAGCUCCGGCCGUAGUUCCAGCCAGCAUACACAACGGCACUGGUGUGUACCGCUGGCAGAGCAGCAUAGCGUACCAUUGCAUCAUCGGCUUCUAUUUACGAGGCGUGGAUGUCAUCACGUGCAGUCACUAUGGCAACUGGUCCGCUCCAGUGCCAGCUUGCAUAGCCUACACAUGCAACACCAGUUUUCCUGCGCCUGCCAACGCCACGACGACCGUAUCCGGGACGACGGCUUUCAAGACCGACAUGACGGUGCACGAGGGUGCCACCAUCUUCACGCAGUGCAGUCUGGGAUUCAGCCACAGCGAUGCUGGUGGUAGCCUAACGGCGACGUGUUCCAGUGGACAGUGGGUGCCACGUUACUCACCCGAUUGUCAGCGCAUCGUGUGCAAUGGCACGUUACCGGCGGGUGGUGCCAAUGCGGUCCGUACCGGCGCCGGGAAUCUGUUCGGCGACACGCAUCGUUACGCAUGCCCGACGGGGUUCACGUGGUCGAGUACAUCCGCCGAACUCCGUGUGGAGUGCCUACACACUGGCCUGUGGUCCCGCACUGUCCCGGACUGCUACCCGGUGGCUUGCCCUCGCCUCGCAGCACCCAGCAACGGGGCACUGAGCACUGACACCGGCAUCUAUACAAACAUCUCAACCGGGCAGUGUACAACAGGCUAUGAGGUUAUCGCCGGUGAUCUGAGUCGCACUUGCCAGGCGGACGGCACCUGGUCCGGGGCGAACCUGGUCUGCACGCGGGUACGAUGUCCUGGGCUGGCUCCCCCGGCUAAUGGCGGGUUUGGCCAGUUUGACGGCGACCAGUAUGGCGAUAGGGUGGUGGUGUUCUGCGAUGCCGGCUACGAACUGGACGCGUCGGUGGAGUCCACACUGCGCUGUCAGGCGAAUCGCACCUGGACCACAUCUCUCUUAUCGUGCAAACGUGUAACAUGUCCUGUGCCAGAUCAACCACUUUACAUACCCUCUAUCCCCGCACUCCCCACCACCGCACCACCGACUGCCACACAAUACGACUAUGGUACUGUAUAUGCAUACCACUGUGCGGCCGGCUUUCAGCUACUCGGCGUUCAGAACGCCGUGUGCACGCAGGCCAGUAACUGGACUAGCCCGCCGCCUACGUGUCAAGCUGUCACCUGUGAUAUAUCUACACUGCCAUCCCUGCCCAAUGGUAACCAUGACAGCACUGGCAUGGCAACCAUCCAGUAUGGUGGUCAUGUGACCUGGUCAUGUGACCUGGGUUAUGAGCUGGUUGGUAGUGCAGUGCAGCGCUGUGUGCAAGUAGCCAACACGCCUGGAAACUUGGACGUGGAUGCUCCGAACUGUACAAGAGUACAGUGCCCUGUCUACCCUAGUGUACGGAAUGCAGCAGUGGUGCCCGUCAAGACCGAUUAUCGCUUCCAGGACUCGCUUUCCAUCACGUGCCUCGACAAUCACGAAAUCAGCAAUGGCGUCGUUAACGUCACGGCUACUUGCCUUGCCAACAUGACAUGGUCAGUGAUUGUUCCGGACUGUCGGCUCAUCGACUGCGGCACAAUUCCAAGCAUCCCGUUUGCCGAUCACCAUGGUAACGCUACGACCUUCGGCAGUGUCGUCACCUACACUUGUCACCUUGGUUACAAUAUCACUGCCGGCACGGCCAUGAUCAGUUGCCAUGGAGACAAGACCUGGAGCAGUAGCCAGCUGACGUGUACAAGAAUCACAUGUCUUGCACCAUCACCAUUAUCACGAGAAUCUCUAGUAACACCAAUGUUGUCAGUGUAUGACUGGAAUACCACUGUAGAGUAUUCAUGUCAAGUGGGAUACCUGCUCACUACACCCUCCAUUACACACGCACAGUGCGAUAGUGAUGGUUUGUUUACUGUGGAACAUCCCGGCUGUCAUAUUGUCCAAUGUCCAGUCCUGGCUACAGACAAUGGUGUGUACUCGCACUCACGGGCAGUGUACAUGAACAACAUUACUCUAACGUGUGACGUGGGUUAUGAACUGCAGCCGCAGGUCUACACUGUUGAGUUUCGAUGCCUGGCGACGGAAAGUUUCUCUCUGUCUCCUUUGCCGACGUGUGCCAAGAUCUCGUGCGGGCCGCUGCAGCCGAUUCAGAAUGCUACGGUGCUGGCUAGUUCAGCUCUGUUUGGCUCUCGGGUCCGUGCGAACUGCAACUAUGGCUUCGUAGCGGCAGGCAGUGUAUUGUCUGCUUUGUUUACGUGUACAGUGAACACCAGCGCUGCGUCAAACCGGUCUUAUCACUGGCGAGCGGACGGAGCUGAUAUUCGUACUACGGGUUGCAUGCCAGUGGAGUGUGCCCAGCCAGUUACCAUUUCCAACUUCAUGUACUUGCAAUCUAUCCAGUUUCCAGUUCUGUUUCGCUCAGUUCUAAACGGUAGUUGUAAUCUUGGUUAUGAGCUAGCUGGUGGUGAUCUUGUUCGUAGUUGUGUAGUUGAUGUUAGUAAUAAUGGUGUUGGUAUGUUGACUGGCAGUGUUCCUCCCGGAACUGUGAUCACCCCGGGCACAGUGACUACAUUAGCCGACAUGGAGAUGAACAUUUCUACAAUAGAUCUGUGA